UGUACGCGAAAUUCAAAGCGCUUGUGUCUCUAAAGUGAAGUGGCGGUUUUUUCCGGUUAGUCUUUUAAAUGGUCGAUUACGGCGUAGAUACUAGUUAGUUAUCACAGAAGGAAAAACUUCUUUCUGAAAUAAAAGCCGAGCAAGGUUUAUGUGUGUUUUAUGAAGUAUCCUGACUAAGGAGGUGGUUUCUGUACCAGCAACAUGAAAUGUGGUGCUGAUAAUGGCGGUCUGUCAAAGGAGAAGACCUCUCCUUGGAAAAAUGUGGAGAGUGGUUCCCUAAAGCCUCAGUGUUCGCCAUGUGUGAAGGCCAUCAAUUUCAACCUCAAUGAUGAUGUCAAACCCUCCAGUAACAAAGAGAACCAGGACAGUCUAUCCUCUGGACUUCAUGAUGGUGGACUAUUUGACAACGAGUCUAUCAAUGUCCAAGAGGACAGUGGUUAUUUGUCUCUUCACAACAGUCACAUAGAACAUGAAGAACAAGACUCAGUAGCUGCAGACCCCUGUGGACAGUUGCAGGAUGGGAAAGGGAGCAUUUCAGUCCAGGCUGGGGAGGACCCCUGUGAGACCAGCCAGUCUCAUCCGAAUCUCCCACAGCUCCAGUUCCAGCAUACAGUCUGCAGACAUUUGGCUGAGAGUUACAAAAAGACAAAGAGGUAUGACCUGACAGCCAUCAGAUUUCUGGCCAAGGGCUCUGGCCUUCAGAUGGUCAUUGGUGGGAAAAUGGGCCUGGACUAUUUGGACAUUCUCCAGAUUCUUUGGGAGAAGGAUAUGAAACACAUCCUGACGAAGAUUCUUCGUUUGCUGGGAGACACUGAUUUGAUAAACUGUAAACGAGUAAAUAGAAGUUGGCAAAAGAUAGUUUUGCAGGAUAUCAAAGCUCGCAAGAGGUGCCAUGCAGCUGAACGGCCAUUUUGGGAGUCCAGAAAGUCCUCGCCAUUCUCAACCCGGGACCUUGCCGCCUCUAGGGUGGCGCUGUCUUGCAUUCAAGGCUUAGCGUCCACGCCCAAGCAGAACAAGAACUGCUCCAGACAGACGCGUUCCAUAGAGUAUCAAGAGGUGGUCAGUACCCUAAAGCAGCACGAGUGUCUCAAGAAGUGCAGGCGAUGCGGCUCUCCAGCCAAGUGCAACCCCGCCACCUUAAGGGCCACGUGUACGAGAGCCAGCUGCGGCUUUGACUUCUGCACCCAGUGCCUGUGUGACUACCAUGGCUCCUCCCUGUGCCCGCUCCGGACGCCAGGCCCGGUCGGACUCUCUCCAUCCUCUCCUGUCGUUGGGGGCUCCCGCAGCAAGCGGAACAUCAGACGUCUUUGAGCGGUCGGGGAUGCAAGUUUUAAAAGUAGAUUUUUUAAAAAAAAUAUUUAUUGAUAAGUGAUGUUUGUUUUUGUAUUUUUUGGGGUUUUUUUACCUGCAAACAAUGUGAAAGUGUUUUAUAAAUAUUAAUGUCUUUUUACCUCUCAAUUCUUUCUAGAUGAAAAAGAAAUGGAUGACGGUAUACUAUUUUUGCAAAACCAAUUUUAUGUUUCCUAAUGGAAACAAAUGCGGUGGCAUAUUGCUCGUUUGUCUUUUUCAGUGUAUUAAUGUAAAUAUUUAAUUGUAUUCUAAAAUAAACCUUAUAUUUUAAGGAU